AUGAACGCAGACAGCAGCAGCGGUCACAGCGACACACCGAGAACCCCAACUAGGGCAGUAGGUGGACCCAUCACAUCCAGGAGGGGCCCCCACAAGUUCAAGCAAAGGAUGAGCAGGCAGUUCAAGAGCAAACCCCCAAAGAAGGGGCUCAAGGGAUUCGGUGAUGAUAUACCUGGAAUGGAAGGGCUGGGAACUGAUAUCACAGUGGUGUGCCCAUGGGAGGCCUCCAGCCACCUGGAGCUGCACGAGCUGGCCCAGUCUGGCAUCAUCUGA